CAGAGCGGGCAUUCAUAGCGGGGCAGCGCGAGCGAGGGGGCUGGGGAGUGAGCGCGAGCGUCACUUUGGAAAUUCGGGAACACGCGGACUCUCGUGCUAAGCGGGCAACGUCAAUGCAGAAGCUUUUCCAUAGAACUGACAGACUGUUAAGUCCCAACGGUGCCUGGGCACGGUGAACGGACAGUGCUGAUAUCACGCGAAUGGAAAGACCUGUACGGGGGAACUCCAACAGAGGCUCCAGCGAACCCUGGGCAAACACAGCCCUGUAAUCCUUAUACUCAGCCUUAGUGCGGUUUACACGCGGAUCACCAUUUGUACAUUUCUCCAAAGCAAGCGGAGAGUUUAUAGUACUGAGAGAGAGAGAGAGAGAGAGAGAGAGAGAGAGAGAGAGAGAGAGAGAGAGAGAGAGAGAGAGAGAGAGACCGACUCCAUCAGUUGUUUGACAGAUUUACCUGCAGAGCAGUGCGUGGGGGGGAAAAGAUGUCGGGAGAAGAACAGAGUUUAUCGGAGGUAGAAAUGAGUCCCGGGGUCUCGGAUGACGGUCAUUCGAUGUCACCAGCACACUCUUCAAGCGCGGCGGGCGGGGGAGACUCGCCUCUUUCCGGACAGCACGCACAGAUGCCUGGAGUGAGCGAGGAAGCGGCCGGGGUCUCUGGCGCAGUCAAAUCGGACGACGAUGACGACCGCUUUCCCAUCGGGAUCCGCGAGGCGGUCAGCCAGGUUCUCAACGGCUACGACUGGACGCUAGUGCCGAUGCCUGUGCGCGUGAACACUGGCAGUAAGAGCAAGCCGCACGUGAAGAGGCCGAUGAACGCGUUCAUGGUGUGGGCGCAGGCCGCGCGAAGGAAACUGGCUGACCAGUAUCCGCACCUGCACAACGCAGAACUCAGCAAAACUCUGGGCAAACUGUGGCGACUUCUGAAUGAGAAUGAUAAGAGGCCAUUUAUUGAAGAGGCAGAGCGUUUGCGUAAGCAGCAUAAGAAGGAUUACCCCGAGUACAAGUACCAGCCACGGAGACGCAAGAAUGGAAAACCAGGUACCAGCGCUGAGGCUGACGCCCAUGGCGACACUGAGGUCAGCCACAGCCAAUCACAUUACAAGAGCCUCCACCUGGAGGUGGCUCACGGAGCAGGGGCAGGGUCUCCUCUGGCUGAUGGACACCACCAACAUGCUGCAGGUUCAAAUCACAGCCCCCCCACACCCCCCACCACCCCCAAAACAGAACUCCAGGGGGGCAAAUUGGUAGAGGGAAAGAGAGAGGGUGGGGCCGGCUCCCGGAGCUCACUGGGGGUGGGGUCAGAUGGAAGCUCCUCCUCUUCGGCAUCAGGCAGUGGCAAGCCGCACAUUGACUUCGGCAAUGUGGACAUUGGUGAAAUCAGCCACGAGGUGAUGGCCAACAUGGAGCCGUUCGACGUCAACGAGUUUGACCAGUACCUGCCACCCAACGGGCACCACCCCGGGGCCGUGGCCCAGCAGGGAUCAGGGGCAGCGGCCAGCGCAGGCUCCUCCUCCUACUCAUAUGGGAUCUCGUCGGCGCUGGCGGCGGCCAGCGGGCACUCAGCUGCCUGGCUGUCCAAGCAGCAGCUGGGUGCCGACGGCGGGAAAACACAGAUCAAGAGCGAGACACACUUCUCUAGUGACGCUGCGGGUGGAAGCGCCGCGGCUGGCUCUCACGUCACCUACACGCCGCUCAGUCUGCCACACUACAGUUCCGCCUUCCCCUCGCUGGCCUCCAGGGCGGCGCCCUUCGCCGACUAUGCCGAACAUCAGGCGUCAGGGUCAUACUACGCCCAUUCCAGCCAGGCCUCCGGGCUUUACUCUGCCUUCUCUUACAUGGGCCCCGCCCAACGGCCCCUCUACACAGCCAUCACUGACCCCACCUCUGGCCCACAGUCACACAGCCCCACCCACUGGGAACAGCCUGUAUAUACCACUCUAUCUCGGCCAUGACAUUCCGACAGACCGGGCGAAUAUGAUGAUGGUGUUGAACAGGAUGCUGUCCUGGAGGCGUUUUGGAUGAAGACACGCCAGGGGGAGGGGAGAGGGGAGACACAUGGAGGUAAUGGAACAUAAUGCCAUUAGAUGUUCGCUAGUUGGAGUGGUGUGAGCAGAUAUGUCUCACACUCACCACAAUCUGAAUAUUAUAAUUAAUGGUGGUGAAUAAUAAUCAGAUAAGCCAAUAAGCAGAUUGGAUAUUUAACAAAUUUGCAUAAAGUAAAUUCUUAUCUCUGCAGACACAUAUUUCCAUCUCGGGCUCGCACAUGGGUCUUAAUUACAGACUAUAGACACUUAACAUCCUUCAAUGCUUUCAUGGAAAUCUAAACACAUUUACAAAAGCAGCAGAGAUGUGACUGAACAUGAGGAGAUGGCCUUCUGUAGCUUUUUACUGAACAAUACUGACCAAAGUUUAGAGACCAAACCUAUACAGAUGAAGAACCCUGACAGUUAGGAAGAGAUCACACACACACACACACACACACACACACACACACACACACAC